ACUGAAGUCUCGACCUUGUUGAUCAGGGUCACAGCGCUGAAGACAAAUCUCACCGAGUGAUGGAUUAUUAUACUCAAGAAGUUCCAAGCCCUUCGUCAAAACCAGAGUUUCUUCGUUUCUGCGAAGUGAAGAUACAACAUUUGUACGAUGUAUUGACCCCUUAUGCAGUCGGAAGAUGGUGCUUUACUGUUCUUCUCAUCUUCUUCUAUAUAUUACGUGUUAUCAUCACACAGGGUUAUCACGUGGUUACGUAUGUGAUGGGAAUAUUUCUUCUGAACAGACUAAUUGAUUUUCUUUCGCCCAAAAUUGUACCUGAAACUUCCACUGAUGAAGUACUUCCAACCAAGUCAUCGGAAGAGUUCAGGCCGUUUUUAAGGAAAUUACCUGAACUUAAGUUUUGGUAUGAUGAUUUUUUCGUUGACUAUAGUUUAACAGGAACUCAUGUACCAUAUGCUUAUUUAUAUCUAUAUUCUGUACAUUUUUGAGCUUUCUCGAUGUACCUGUGUUUUGGCCGAUCUUAGUAAUGUACUUCUUUUUGCUGUUUUACGUGACUAUGAAGCGUCAAAUAUCGGUAUGUUCAAUAAUCCUCAACUAUUUUGUUUAUGAGACUUGUUUACUGACUUAUUGCAUUCGAGUGUUUUCAUCGUAAUUUUUGUUAGUUACUAAGGAUUAUUUACCAGUUACAUUUUGUCUAGGCCGUAUGUUAACAAAUAGUAAUGGCUAAAGUAAAACUGCGGUCAGUAAUGAUUCCCAUUACCGAACUACCGUUAUUUGUGUGGCGAAACCACUAUUUAUGGACGUGAUGAUCAGGAGCGAGUAAUCGAUUCCAAGGUUACGGCGCCUGUUUCAAUAUCUAAGUCGUCUUAGUUGGGCAGCCACAACAGUUAAGAAUAACGAGAAACUCCUUUAUUUGCGAUUGCGGCGUUCAAAUAACUGCUGGAUAUUAUGCAGACUAUCGAUGUAAUAUAUGUUGGAAGCCAAAGUUUUAUAGAACGGUUACAUUUUUUACUCCACCCCAAUUGACACUAAGAAUUUGAUAGUUUUUGCGAACCGGAUACCAAAAGCACCAGUAACUAGCUGCAACCUUCGCAGAUGGUACUGAAACUUCGGCAGUUCGGUAGUAUGAGUACUGUCGAAAUAUAUGUGCAAUGAAGAUGAUAAGCUUGCGCCAGUCGUUCGGAAGAAUCGGGGGAAUCGUAGAGAUUAAUGACAAUCGUCGGAAAACACAAAUUCAAUAGAGAAAAAAGUGUUCAAGAUGACUGGGUAAGUAGCACUUCCUUAAAUAUACUUAACCGGUCUUUGGUAUUUAUGAUAGAUCAUCUCCAAAAGGAUACCUACAGUGCGUGGAAAACCGAAAAGCUACAGUUGUACGGUUGCGUGCAUUAUUUAGUCGUUCAUAAGCGAUAUUUUGUAGACUACCACUGGAGUACACACCAAUAUUAGAAGCAAUGUGGUCGAGGCUAAAAGAAUUUUCGCGACCUUAUCAUGGCUCCAGAUGUCGACUAUUGUGAAGUCACAUGAAUGAGUUUCUAUAUCGUUUGCAUUACGACUUAUGAACAGCAGAGCCUCUCUCUAACCCUGAGACGUUUUUAAACCAUGUCAAGGAAGUGUAUCCAUCAUAAUUCUUUAGUUUUGUACAGUAUAUUUCUACUCUACACCGACUGCUUUUUCACUGACUGAAAUCUCUUAGGGUCACUUGAAAUUCGUUCAAAGGUUGUUCAUAAAUUAUAGUCUCACCGGCAAUAGUUUUUAAAAGCACUCAUUUUUACAGGCCUUGACACGUAAAGCUAAAUUCGAAACGAUAAUCAUCUAUUCAGUCGAGCUCAUAAAUUGGUGAACCAACGGUCAACCGAGUAUUGUUAGUUUGUAUCAGAAUUACCAAAUAACUAUUUGUACAGUUGUGUGUAGCUUAUUAAAAGAAAUGAAGUAUGUCGAGAGUAUUGACCUGUCACAGUGGGAGAGGUUGAUAUUUAUGCCACACUCCAUAAGCUGUUGUCAAUCUACCCAAAGGUUGUUUCAUAAAAAAUAUAUUCGAUAAAAACUCAACUAUUCAUCACUCAUUUCUAAAAUAUUUUGCAUUUCCUUCUAUCUUAAAUUUUUUUCAAAUUCUGUACUUAUUAGCAUAUGAUCAAAUACCGUUACUUACCAUUCACCUAUGGGAAACCACGUCAUCAGUCCAAUGGAAUGAGAUUUUAAAAUGAAUUCAACUUAUAGACAUUUACAAUAUGUAAACAAAAUUUGAAAUUUUUUGUUAUAUAUCAUCAUUCUAAACGACUCAGUACUUAUUUUUAUGUACUGUUUUUUGUACUUUUGUGAUGAGUCCUACUCGUUACUGUGAGUAUAUAUAGUGCUCAUUUUCCUACUUAAGGUAUACACUUAAUUUAUGCUUAACAACAGAUGUAAAAGAGUAAUAUAAUUGACUUUAAUCAAACUUCUAUUUGCAUGUCUUUCUUUCCCUGUUACUUGUCAAUUUUCUCCUGUUUUCUGUUUUAUUUCACAAGAAUCUAAAAUCCCAAACUAGU